UUGUCUAUACGCACGGGAGGUCAUCGUAAAAAUUCUUACUUAAAAAAAUUAAAUGAAGGUGCUCUAGGCGUUGAUUUUAUGAAAUAUCUGUAGGUUAUAAAUUGUUGAAUAAUGAUCUUACUCGAGAUCAAUAAUAGAAUUAUAGAAGAAACACUAACGGUUAAAUAUAAAAAUGCACUGGCGCGCUUAAAGCCUGAGUCAAUAGAUGUUACUGUAGCUGAUUUUGAUGGAGUAUUAUUCCAUAUAUCCAAUGUCAAUGGAGACAAAACCAAAGUUAGGGUUAGUAUAUCUUUGAAGUUCUACAAGCAAUUAGAAGAACAUGGAGCAGAUGAGCUCCUCAAGAGGGUGUAUGGACCCCUUCUUACUGAACCAGAGUCAGGUUACAAUAUCUCAUUGCUCCUCGACAUGGAGAACAUUCCGGAAGACUGGGAGGAUGUAGUGAAAAAAGUUGGUCUGUUGAAGAGGAAUUGCUUUGCGUCGGUAUUCGAACGUUACUUCAGACUGCAAGAGGACGGUGACGUCAGCCACAAGCGAGCCGUCAUUAACUACCGACAGGAUGAAACUUUAUACGUUGAAGCGCAGGAAGAUCGCGUGACUGUUGUGUUUUCAACAGUCUUUCGACACGAAGAUGAUAUGGUCAUUGGGAAAGUGUUUAUGCAAGAACUGAAAGAGGGAAGAAGGGCGUCGCACACCGCACCUCAAGUGUUGUUUUCACACAAGGAGCCGCCGCUAGAGCUGGUCGACACUGACGCCAGAGUGGGUGACAACAUCAGCUACGUCACAUUUGUGCUGUUCCCGCGGCACACGUGCGCGGCGGCGCGCGACAACACCAUCGACCUGCUGCACAUGUUCCGCGACUACCUGCACUACCACAUCAAGUGCUCCAAGGUGUACGUGCACUCGCGCAUGCGCGCCAAGGCCGGCGACCUGCUCAAGGUGCUCAACCGCGCGCGCCCGCACGCCGCCGCGCGCCCCUCCGAGCGCAAGACCAUCACGGGCAGAACUUUUGUGAGAAGAGAUUGAGUGUUACGUUGCGGCGGAAGGUAGACGCCGAACACAGUGUGCGCGUUCUCCGUCGUCCGGUGACGUCAUCAGUGACGCGACCUCCACCCUUCGCACGUCACGACGAGAACGUUCAUUAUAGUCUUUGAAUCCACCUUGUAAUUUGAACAAUUUUAAAUUAUUAACCCCGGUCGUCAGAUACACGAGCGGACGCUGCGUGCAUUGCAGUGUCGUCCGACGCUCGAUAAUAUUCAAACGAAAUUGUUAAUUUUUAUUAAUUUAUUACUUAAAAGAUCGUUUAAGUGUUACUUCUAUUCAUAUUUUACACUACCCGAGUGUCCUUCGGAACGUCACAAAGUACUUAUUAUAACAUUGUCUUGAUGCCAUUUUCACGAAACAUUUUUGCCAAAUAUACGCUCGUGUGCUCAAUGAUUUAGCGUGCUGCCGAGAGCGUUUCGUAGUUAACGCGAGGAAACUUGAACAUUUUAUGAUAAAUAUAAUACAAAUAUUUAUUCGAUCGAUUCGUGAUCGUAGCGCGUAAAUUAAUGUUGCAGUAGUGGUACUCGUCGACGAAGACGAAGUUGUGCUUUAUUGUAACGAAAGCUCCGCAUCCAGACUUGGGUUCCUAAAGUUUAGCGUUCGACUUUUAUGUAUACAGAAAUAUAUAUAUCUAGAUAAUGUUGUAUAGUUUCCGUCGAAGGUAGGAGACUCGCUAACGUAAUUUUGUUGUAAGUUAAUACAAUUACCGGUCUUCGUCUAGAAAUAAAAUGUAAUAUAAUAAUUAUUAUGACACACUACUUACUUACCGUUUCGUUUUAGAUGUAAAAAUGUAUAUCACAUGAAUGUUGAGACAGGUAACAUGCACAAACUCGUACGAAUUAUUUUAUCAUUUUAUAUUAUUUAACUGCUCUUGUAUUUAUUUCUUAACAUUUUUGUAUAAUUCAAUGAUAAUAAUAUUACGUGUAACACGAACAAUGUUUAAAUGUAUUUUUUACCGUUUACGUUUUAGAUAGGUCCGAUCAAUUAUAAUUAAUAUAUAAGUGAAAAUGUAUAGUACCUUACAAUAGAUUCUUCCGUAGACCACGAGAACUAUGUGUAAUGGCCUUAUUUAUGGUGAUGCUGAUUUAGUUCGAUCGAUGCGAUGCGAUUAUUGUUCUGUAGAGACGCUAGGUUAGAAACGCAAUAUGUAUAUUUGACUAUUAACAACAGUCCGUUUUCACUGCAAAUUCCGAAAAGCAUUUGUAUUCACCCUAGACGAAUUUUAUUGAAAUAUUUUAUUAAUAAUUUUUUUGCUCAGUAAAACAUUUUGGUGCAACAACAUUCUUACGACACGUGUUUAGCGUCGUAGGCUUAGCGCGAGUACGUUGCUCGGAUUAUUGAAAAGAAAAAAAAAACACCAAAUAAUUCGUAACUGUAAUAUGAUAAUGCAAUCCAAACUCGCCGUGGUAAUGUGUUAAAAAUAAAAUAUAAGUAAAAAAUAUAACAGUGUUUUAAUUAAUUAUAUUAGGAUGAGAGAUUAUCGAGUCGUGGACUGAAAGUUGACUAAGGUGAUUUGUUCAUCGCGUUAUAGUCACGUUGGGAUUUAUAUGAAUUAAGUAAUUCGCUAAGUCAAUGGUCGCGGUGGCAAGUUUAUGACAUGACAUGAAAUAAUAAAUAUAUAAAGUGAACGAAUGAAAAUUAAAAAUGGCAUACGUAGACACAAUUGUAAACUAAUUAAUGGAAAGGUUAGCUAACUCGAAAUUUUAUGUAAUUCUUUUUUUCGAAAACUUGCUAAGUAAAUAUUAUUUAUGUAAAAUAAAAGUAAGUUAAAAUGUUGCUUUAAAGUUAUUGCUUACAUUUGAUUAUUGUUUUACUGUCAGUUUUAAAGCGAGAUUAUGUUGACUGUGCGGAACACGGAAGUUAUUUGUGAAUAUGUAAUUAUUAUUCUUGUGAUUUAAAAAUCCGUUUAUACUGUAUUUUUAUUUUCUAGAUUAAAGAAAACUUAC